GCUCCCUCAAUGUCCAAUCAUCGCGCGCGUUAACUCGUGUUCGAUUAUUUGUGGCCGUAACUUCCGGCACAUUCUUUUCCUAUUUUUUAUCGUUUUCCCGUCUUUUCCUUCCAGUGAGAACGCCAAGUUGCACAGGUGAUAAAUCUGAAAAUUGUAAUUUCUUCGUUCGAGGAACUUCUUGCUCGGAAGGCGCAACAAUGAAGACGACAAAUUGGCUGUGCUGUUUGUUGGUCGUGUGUGUCUGCCUUGUCGAAGCCAGGUACAAGAUCAGAAGGCCCCAGUUAUCGCCUCCGCAGCCUCCUAAACUGAUGUUCAAGAAAUCAUGGCCGAUCGCCCAUAGAAUCUCCGUGGGCAACACGAUGCACAUAAAUGGAAACUUCCCGCCCAAACGAAUGUCCCAGAAACCGCCUAAUUAUAGAAUUCGCAGACCACCGAUGUUCAACGUGCCACCUACCAUUUGGAAGAAUCAAAUGCCGAUAAGAGCUCCUCUAAAUAAUCACGCGGUUCUUCCGCAACGUCCACCUGUUAAGGAGUUCCAUGCCGUGAACAAAAUGCCGGAAUAUAGUCCUGAGUACAGGCCGGAAGCCGCUGUUCUACCACCGACACACAGGGGUGGCAUCGACGACGACAAAGGACCGAUUCAUACCAUUCCUGCACCGAAUCUCAGUCCCAUGGACAAGCCUUUCAAUAACGAAGCGAAUGCAGACGAGACGUCUCGGCGUCAACAGCCAACCGAUUCUACCUACAAAGUUAAUCCACACGGUUCCUUGUUGCCUAAUUUCGAUCUUGCGACUAUCACGAGUUUGACACCCCAGAAGACUGUGACCAGCCCGACACCGGUGCAACACCAGUACGAAGUGACCGAAAGUAACGAUAUCAGUCAGAAAGAGUAUCAAACUGUUCUGCCAACGUUCUUGCCCCCGGAAUUUGCAACACUUUCGACAUUAGUGAAUCCUGACUUACAAACGAACGACGUUUACUUGAAUAAUCAUCCAGCUUCGAAUAUAGGUCUUAUCGGAACGAACAUUCAACUCGGACAGCCCAACUUACCUAUGCAAACGAAUCUUCACAGUUCUCUUCACGUUGGUUUCCCUGGUACCGCUGCUCAGACUCCUUACAUUAUAAAUCAACAAAUUCCUGAUCUACACGUUGGUCAUCCGGCACCAGCUGGUCCUCCGCUCUCAGCCACUCAACUUUACGACCUUCUAAACAGCUUUCCCCAAAAAAUGCCAGAGCAGUAUCAAACAGGUCAACAGCCACAACUUCAGCAACACAUACUUCAGCAGCAACUCGGUCAAUUCUUCCAGCCUACCGGCGUGACUGGUUUCUCGCAGCCCCAGAUGCAAUCGUUCAAUUACGACGAGCAAGAUAACAAGGAGCAACAACAACAGCAGGUCUUAUUCAACCAGGAUUACACCGCUGGCAGGGUCAAUACGAAUUACAACGUAGGACCGGAGUCACCUCUGAACGAGGAAGAGAACGCUGGCCUGCAACAGAACGAGGAUCUCGCUUAUAUCGCCGAUGGAAACGAACAAUUGGAAAAUAACAUCGAAUACGAGCAAACCAACAAUCAAAAGGAUCAGACGACGUACUUUAACAAAGUGGCUAACAACGAUGCAAUGUCGACGCAGUUUUACACGACGCUGCCUAAUCGAGAGGCUGCAGAAAAAUUAGCAGCGCUGGCAGCUGCUGGAAACGUUAACAGUCAAUUGAUCGGGCAAUUGCGAAAGCAACAGCAACAACAACAACAACAGCAGCAGGAAAAUGUACAGACCGAUGAAAGUAUGCCUCCUAAUCACAAGAACGAAGAAUACAAAACGAACGAGCAAAUCAACGACGACAGUCAUUAUGAUCAGAAUUAUUACCAAGAUAGAGUUCAGAAUCGACAGAAACAACGACAGAAAGAACAUGAACAACAACUGCAACAGUACGAGGAACGGCAGAAAGAAUACGACAGACAGCAGCAACAACAACAGCAACGUCAACGACAAAAUCCGUAUAGCAACAAAAGACCAUUGAGAAUUAUGGUGCCGGAUGAAAACGAUUAUAGCAAUACCGAGAUACAGAAUGACGAGCCAAAAGAAAAUACAGAAGUCGAGUACGAGUAUGAGAACGACGAAGCGGAUGCUGGAAAUUCGCAGGCAAACGCGUCGUUCGACGGAAGAACGUCUUAUGAUCGAUCGAACGUUGAAUUUGGUUCGCGUUUGAAUCCUAAGAGCGGAGUAUAACAUUUUGUUACGAAUCAUUUUGUAUAUAUAGUUGGACGAAAAUAUUUAUUACAGUUCUAUUUAUCGAUCAGACUUAUCUUUACGGGGAUUUCUGUGUAAUUUAGACAAUGAAUAGGGUUUCUCUAAGGCGGGAAAUUUUAUACUGUUUUUACAAAGUACGCCGACGAAACUUUCUUUUUUGAGAUUACCAUUUGUGGUUAUAAUUAGAAUAUUUAUUAAAUUUUCGUCGACGAUACAUUGAAAACAGUCGCGUGAAGGAUAGUAAUUUAUUUAAUGUUAUUUAUUGUCGGGCAAGUUUGUCGAUGUACUCGUACUUCGUUGUAAAAAAAUGGACAAAAGAUAUUGCCAUUGAUUUAA